AUGCGACUAUCCGGGUCGCCACCAGCAAAGGUCGGUCCAAACGGUCCAGCUACUUUGACGCAUAUGAACGAUAGCUCAAUCAGAAUAGAUGUGCCUACACUACUUUCCUUCAUGCGCGCCACCGCAGCUGAACAAGGCGUUCCGGAUGCCGUUACUGCAACCGAAGAUGAUCUGUUAAAGACGCUGGACCUACCUGAGCCAAAGGUCGACACUUCUCCCGCCCAGAUGAAUCCAUCGCGAAAUGGAAAGGCCCUUAUUCUCGUCACACCAGAAGGUGAGAUCGCCGGCAUGGCCAUAUACUUCGCCACGUACGUAGCGUGGAUCGCAAAAAGUGGUAUCUGUCUCGAGGAUCUCUUCGUGCUUCCACCCUUUCGUCGGAGAGGUUAUGCAAGACUCUUGGUCCAAGCAGUCGCGAAAGAGGCGGCAAGCCUCGGCUGUGCCAGGAUGGAGUGGCUUUGCUACAGAGAAAACCACAGAGCGCUGAGAUUCUAUCGCAACAUUGGAGCUAAGGAAUUGGAUACCCUGACAUUCUUGAGGCUUGAUCAGGAAGCGAUGCUAAAGUUUUCGAACGAAGAUCCUGUUUAG